AUGUCGUCGCACCGGAACGAUGAAGUGGCGCUCAGCUAUCACGAAUCGUGUCUCCGCCUGUCGGAUGUGGACCUGCUGAAGGGUCCGUACUGGCUGAACGAUCAGAUCAUUUCGUUCUACUUCGAGUAUCUCGAGAAGCAGGUGUUUGAAAACGAGAACGAUCUGCUGUUCGUCAGCCCGGAAGUUACCCAGUGCAUCCGGAUGGUGGCACAGGACGAUGUUGGCAUAUUUCUGGAACCGCUGCGCGCCCAACACAGAGCGUUUGUGUUUUUCGCACUAAACGACAACCAGCUGGCGGAUCGGGCCGGUGGAUCACACUGGAGUCUGCUGGUGUUUUCUCGCGGCGAGAAAGCAUUCUACCAUUUCGAUUCAUCCCGCAACGCGAACGCCGAAUAUGCUCGCCAUCUGGUGACGGUGCUGAAGCGGGCCCUGUACUGUCCGGAUGCGCAACUACGCACCGGGGACUGUCUACAGCAGAGCAACGGAUACGACUGUGGUGUGCAUGUGCUGUGUACGGUGGAUGCUGUGGCUCAGCAGAUACGCAAAAGUGGCAAAAUCGAGGGUGUUCGUAGUGCACGGUACGAUGUGAUACGAUCCAAGCGCGAGGAACUGUUGGGAAUAAUACUAACCUUAGGUGGCAGGAUUAAGUAG